AUGGAUAAAUUUCUUGAAGCUAAAGAUUUGAGUCAGAGUAAUAAAACUAUACCUGACUGCAUUAUUUCACCGAUGUACACGUUUUCUGAAAAUUAUAUAGAUUUGAACGAAGCUUUCACUAAUGUUGAAAUAUUUAUAUUGAAAGUUAACGCUGAAAUGGAUCUUCAAGAGGACGAAGAGAGUCUUAUAGAUUACGUAAACGCUCAAAUGUCCGAUGUUAAGAAACAUCGAAUAACCAGUAAAAAUAAUUUAAAAAUUGAUUUUCAAAUUACUGAUAAAAAGUUACAAGCAAGCAUUGAUAGUAUGUUGAAUGACAAGGAGAUGGUGUAUACUUCGUGCGAUUUUAUCGAAUACAAGGAUAAUACUAAUUUAAUAUUAAGGAAAAUAAUCAACAUUUUCAGUGCAUUAUGUAAUAGGGUUUUGAAGAACGAAAAACUUGAACUAACUUGGCAAAAACCUAAUUAUUGGAAGGACGUUGAUUAUUUAGAUAACAUAUUAGUCUGCAAUAAACCUAAUUCGAUGACGCAUACAAAACUUAACAAUACAAGGAGCAAAGCGAGAUUUACAAUUAUGAUAUAUUUGCUUAAAAAGAUCUACAAUUUGCUGAUGGUUGAUUCUCACAUCAAUCAAAGAGAAAUAUACUAUCAAAUUAUUAACUACGUUAGCUCGUCAAAUCAAGUUUUUAGUGCGAUAGAUACUGUAAGUGCACUGUUGAAAGAAGGUACUUAUGAUUUGAAGAUAUUGUCAACAAGCAAAGGUUUGGCUUUUGGAAAUUUAAAAAUAAUUAUGAAAGAUGGAGAAGUUAUAAAAUAUAACAAAAAAGGCGGCACUUUGAUACCAAACAUAGUAAAGAAUAUAAAGGAUAUUGAAGCCUCGGCAUUUUUCAUACUCGUAGUUGAAAAGGAUGCAGUUUUCCAGAAGUUGUCGCAAGAAAAUAUUAGUCAAAAAAUUGGAAGGCCUUUCAUAUUAAUAACUGGUAAAGGAUAUCCAGAUUUCUCUACAAGACUAUUUUUGAAAAUUCUUUGGAAAUUAUUGUCCAUUCCUAUAUUCAUUUUAGCGGAUUGCGAUCCGUACGGAAUCGAAAUAAUGCUGUGCUACAAGUAUGGAUCAUUGAGUUUACAUAUGUUUGAGGAGUUGGCUGUACCGAACGCCCGCUGGUUAGGGGUGCAUCCAUCAGAGUUGAACCUGUUGAAUAUAGCUUGCAAGAAGAUGACGGAAAAUGAUAUGAGGAAGAUACGGUCGAUCGCGAAAAGGAGUUACAUGCGUUCAGAACCACGGAUCGGAGAAGAACUGAAAUUGCUAUUGAAGAAAAGGCAAAAAGCCGAAAUCGAGGGUUUGAUUAAAAGCAAUAACUUUUUAAGUAACUUUUAUCUGCCCAACAAGUUAUACACAAAGGAUUUCAUGUAAUUAAU